ACAGCCGCACACCUCUCUCUUCCUUCAUCCCAUCCCCCAGCAUUUCUCGUUCGGGCUCUGUUUGUUUAAAUGCCGUGUGGGAAGCGUGGGCACCAUUCAGAGUCAGUCUUAUGACCAUGUUUUUCCUGACUCCACUCUUGGUAGCAGUUGUCUGCAUUUUGAUUGCCUGGAUCUUUAAAAAUGCUGAUGGAAACAUGGAGAGAAGAAAGGUGGAGACUAGAGCCAGGGCCCAGGCCCGUCCUUGGGUGGAUGAGGACCUAAAAGACAGCUCUGACCUGCACGCAGUGGAAGAAGAUGCUGAUGACUGGCAAGACUCAGAGGAAAAUGUGGAACAUAUUCCAUUCUCCCACACCCGGUAUCCUGAAAAGGAAAUGGUUAAGCGAUCCCAGGAAUUUUAUGAACUUCUCAAUAAAAGGCGGUCUGUCCGAUUCAUAAGUAACGAGCAAGUACCCAUGGAAGUCAUUGAUAAUGUCAUCAAAGCAGCAGGAACCGCCCCAAGUGGGGCCCACACAGAGCCCUGGACCUUUGUGGUUGUGAAGGACCCAGACGUGAAGCACAAGAUUCGGGAGAUCAUUGAAGAGGAGGAGGAAAUAAACUACUUGAAACGGAUGGGACGCCAAUGGGUCACGGACCUGAAGAAGCUGAGAACCAAUUGGAUUAAAGAGUACUUGGACACAGCUCCCGUUCUGAUUCUGAUUUUCAAGCAAGUUCAUGGUUUUGCCGCAAAUGGCAAAAGGAAAGUCCACUACUACAACGAGAUCAGUGUCUCCAUUGCUUGCGGUCUCCUCCUGGCUGCCCUGCAGAAUGCUGGACUGGUGACUGUCACUACCACUCCUCUCAACUGUGGCCCCCGACUGAGGGAGCUCCUGGACCGCCCCUCAAAUGAAAAGCUGCUGAUGCUGCUCCCAGUGGGGUACCCCAGCAAAGAGGCCACGGUUCCCGACCUAACACGGAAACCCCUAGAUCAGAUCAUGGUGACCAUGUAGUCAAGAGCCUAUCCGGGAUGCUGGCAGACAAUGGCUUGGUCCUCUCCUGUCCCUCUUGGGUGUACAAGGCUGCUCUUUCCAUGGCGGUUAGGUCUCCCCAGUACCCCACUCCACUCAAGAAACUUUCCACCACAUCGGGCCCUUGGAGUCUGAGAAGUCCUGCUCCCCAGAAAUAGUAAGAGGGCAACGGGUACUUUCGUGUCUCAUCCACUCUGGAAACGCAUUAAGCUUUUACUAAGAACAGGCCCUGGUUUUUAAGUUCUUAAAACUCUUCCAGAAAAGUCACUGGUGGUUUUCUUCCUCUUACAUUUUAAAAGCUCAUAGGCAGGAAAGAGUCUCCAGAAUGUUGAACGUAGCCCAGAGAACUCGGCUAUGUGAUCAUUCUUGAAUUUAAAUUUAGACUCAUCAAGUAACUUCUGCCCUCUGAUUUCUGGUGGCUUUUAGGCCAGGAUGUGCUUUUGAGAUCUACUCUUUUGCUGAACUUCAUGGCUAUCCUGCUAGUUUUUAAUAAGUAACUGUCAAAAUAAUUCCAACAUCACCGUCACAGAUCAGAACAGCUUGAGCAGGUGGCUCUGACCGGCAGCCCUCCGAACGUGCAAAGGGUUGUUGAAUCAUGGAGUGGCGUGUUGGAGCUGGUUCACACCAGCUUGUGGAAGCAGGCUGUUAAGUAUUCAGGAAUUUUGUGAGCCAGUUAUUAAACCAUUUGCGGCUGGAAAUCGCCCAUGGUGGAGUGUUUACAACACCGCAAUCGAUUGAUACUACAAAUCAGACUUUGUUUCCUUUUUCCUAAAGGGAACUGUUUUCCAUACACAGCACAAACAGUGUCUCCCUUCUUUUCUACGCGAGCCCACAAAAGAUAUUCCUUUUCUCCAGACGGUAGUCGAGCAGUUUGGGAC